AAAAAAAUCUCAUUCUUCUUCUUUCCUCUCUAACCCUAGAAACGCGAUGGAGAAAACGAUUUCUUCUCCUCCGCCGAUCUCCUGCCUCCGCUCCCUCCGUUUCUUCUCCGGCUCCAUCUCUUCAAUUCUAUUUCACCUCUUCGUUACUUCUUCGGCUUCAUCUCCUCGAUUCUAUUUCACAUUUCCUCGGGCGAUUUUCGAUUUCUCCUCACCUCCAUGGUCUAACAAGCUUUGAUUUGUGCUUCUCUCCUCUCCUCCGCUCCUCCUGCUGUUAAGGCCACUAAUAAGCCUUUGAAAGGUAAGAGAGAGCCUGAAGAUGAUGUUGAUACUAAAGUGAGUCUUAAGAAGUAGAAGGAAGACGUGAUUGAUGUUGUACAAAAGUAAAAAGCUGUGAAGAAGGUGACUAAGAAGGUUGAGAGCUCUGAUUCAUCAGAUUCUGAAUCUAAGAAAGAUGAGAAGGCUAAGAAAGUUCCAGCGAAGGCUGCAACCAAGAAGCAUGCUGCGGCUGCUGCUAAAAAGGCCAAGGUCUGAGAGUUCGUCUGAAGAUGAUUCAUCCUCUGAUGAGGACUCAGAUGAUGAUUCUGAGGAUGGGAAGGCUGCUGCUACCAAGGCUGCAAGUAGUUCAGAUUCAUCUGAUGAAGAUUCUGAUGAGGAAAGUGAAGAUACUACUGAAUGUCUUCAUGGUGCAAUUGCUAUGGAGAAGAUGCGUUGGUGAAAGGUACACACCAAAAUUGCUUUAAUUGUUAAUUUAUGUGUGUGUAAAAUUGAAUUGAAUUGAGAUUAGGAACAAUUGAAUUAAAUAGAAACUGACCACUUUAAUUUAAUAGAGAUUAGAUAGAUGUGGUUGAGAAUGCAGUUGUCUUUAAAUGAAUCAAUGAAUACAGAAGAAGUAGAUAGUGAAUUUAUUGUCAUCUCUAUAACAAUAGUUUCUCUGAAGUUUAAUGUAUUUGUGGCGUUGGUGAUGAGAUGGAGUGAAUUUAAACAGAAAAAAAAUAUUAAAUGCAACUGAGCU